AUGAUUAAAUUGGGGCACAUGCUUGCAUAAGAGUAAGCUAAACUAAAAUCAGAACUCAAGGCCGCAUAAAAGUAAAGAACCACUAGAAAUACGACAUCAUCCACAUUCUAUCCCAACAUAUCCAAAACGUCCACUUUGUUAUACAAGUCAUAAGUGAGUCCCUCUAUUAACACAGAAUUCAUUAGUGAGAAUUGUUCUCCAAUUAAUUCACCAAAAAUGCAUACUCACCCUUCUGAUCCAGAUCCAGUAUUUCGACUUAACAAGAAUAUUCAUCCAUCUUACAGGAACAAACUUGAAACGGUUUAAUUGCCACCCAACAAACCUCCUUUGAGAAGAGUCAAUAAAAUAUCCAAUCUGAGAAACCUAAAUAAUAAUAGUAUUGCCUAAUCGAAUCCACUUAAGGGUGAUGAAUCCAAAGAAAAAUUAUUACAAUAGACUCACUUUUUAUGUGCAAUCAUGCAAUAAUCUCAUAGUGCAACUGGGAAAAUAGUAGCUAACUUUUUAAAUGGAUAAUUAGAAAAAAAUAGUUACGAAUCCAUUAUAUAAAUGGAGAAGUCAGCCUAAGCACUUUAACAAUCUGCUAAGGAAAUGUCAAAGGCAUUAUUUAUAUCCGAUGAUGAGGGGGAAUUCGAUAAUCUUUAAAAUAAAUUUAUAGAUUAGAUUAGGUUCUCUAAAUAUAGGAAACCAAAUUAAGAAAAAAAUAUUGUUUUCAAAAGAAAUUAUGGUUAAAAACAUGAGAUGAUGAUAGAUUAAGUAGCAUCUUAAAGAUAAAAGACAGAUGAGAAUUAGGAUUUUGAUGUUUUUAUUCCUAAAUCAUAAAUGGACUAAUUUUUUUAAAUCAUUCAAGAUAAAAUUGAUGGAAGGAUGAAAGAAUAGACUGAAUAAUUAAUAAAGGAUGAGUAAAAAUUAAUAAAUGGGAUGAUUGCAAAUGUGAAAAAGUUUAGAGAUGACAUCAGAGAAGUCAAAUACACUAUGAAUCACGUUAGAAAGAAUAAAAAGGCGUUACAACCAUCACAACAAUAACCAUCUGCAUAUCGAACAUUAAAGACUCUAAGAACACUAAAGUCUCAAUCGUCAGCAAGGAUUUAGAGUCCAAAAACACAAAGAUUAGAUGAGGAAGCAAAGGCUGAUCUUAGAUUAAGAGUAAUGAAAGCCCUUAGAAAUUUUAUGGAUAAAUUAAAGAGAUUCAAUAUUACUCUAAACGAUGUCGUGAAUAAUCAAGUUUUCCCAUCCUAAGCAUAUGAAAGGCCUAAUAGUGUUGAAUUUUUUAGGUAAGUAAAAGCAGACAACUUAAGAGAAAUUGAGAGUAUGUUAAGAGAUUGUCGUUUUCAUGUUUACGAUCGUGAUAAUUAAUAGAAAACACCUCUACAUCAUGCAGUUAGUAAUAAUUCAAUUGAAGUUAUUAAAUUAUUAGUUGAGAAUGGUGCGGAUCUAGAUGCUAGAGAUAUGAUGGGUAGGACUCCUUUGCAUAUAGCUGCUAAAAAUAACAAUUGCGAUACUGUUAGAGUAUUACUAGUUUAUUAAGCAAAUCCAUCGAUUAAAACUGUGGCUGGGAAAACUGCUUAGGAUCUUACAGAAAUGCCAGUAAUUAAAGCUUUAGUGAAAAAUGCAAAAAAACUUCAUUUUAUGAUGAAUUUGUAGCCAUCCAAAAAAAAAAAAGAUUUCUGGGUUGAAAGAGCAAUAGUGUACUUUUAAGAGGAUGAUCCAGAAAAGAUAUUAAAAUUAUAGCUUUAUAAGAAUUAAGCAAAAUUGUUUUUAUCGUGA